AGUUUUCUAGUAUUUUCAAAAAUCAACUACCUAUACUUACAAUCGACGAGCAUUAUUGUGAUAUGGAAGCAAAACUGACUUCUGAGAUAAUCUCAGAGAAAGACUGUUACCGAAUUAUAGAACAACACUUGGGUGAGAACAACUUCCAUGUUUUGAAAUAUGAAUUUUGCAGAGCAGACUCGAAAAUAAUGGGAUACAUGGGAGAACAUUUCCGCCUAAAAAUUAACUACCAGAAAGGCCCAAACAGCAAAAUUUCAACCGAUACAUUCUUCGUGAAAACUGAACCUUUAUCUAACGAAACACAAGCGAAAUAUGUUGGAGACAUGGGACUGUUCAAAAAAGAAAGCAUGUUGUACGAAAAUGUCCUGAGCAGGUUGACAGCAAUAGCAGGCAGUCAUUUCUGCCCCAAAUGUUAUUUGGUGAAGAAGAACUGUAUGGUUUUCGAAGAUCUAUCCCGGGAGAAUUACAAGGUGAAAGAAGGAUUUCUAAAUCUUGAAGAAUGCGAGGCUCUGGUGAAAUGUCUGGCUACCUUCCACUCAGCUUCUAUAAUAUAUGAAGAAAUAAAUUCUAACGAAAAGAAACAACUCAGAAUGGACGAAGUAUACAAGGAGGAGAUCGAGGAAAAAGCUUUUUCGUAUGUAGAAGGGCAACCAAGAAAUAUGUGGCUAAAAAACAACACAAAUUGUGUAUCAGACUGUAUAAAAUUCAGAAUGAAACUGAAGGAUUCUGAGAAAAUAGUUGAAAAACUGAGGAGAAUUGCUUUGCAAGAUAUGAAGUCCUACAUCCGCGCCUCUAACAAAUUUAGGAAUGUUAUAACGCACUGUGACCUAUGGACUAACAAUUUCAUGAUAAAUGAUGAACUCAAGUGUAAAUUAGUAGAUUUUCAGCUUGCUAGGUACAGCCCACCAGCCUAUGAUCUUAUGCUAACACUCUUCCUUAACACUGACAAUAAUCUUCUUAAAAAACAUCUUGGCUACUUAUUAGACCUAUACUACACCACUUUUGAGGGUAUGCUGAAUCGGUAUCACCUACCAGCAAAAAAAAUAUUCCCCAAAAAGCUUUUCUUCGAGUCGAUUCAGUAUUAUAAACUGCCUACACUUUUAGAAGCUGUUUAUUUCACAACCAAUACCCAGAUUUCUGCUGAAACUACAAGUUAUGUGCUGGAGGAUGCUGCAAGAUACCAUGAGUUUGCUUUCACCAACAGAAGUAAAUAUAUAUUGGAGGAAUAUGAUAAAAAUGAGGUUUUUAGAAAGGCCUUUCUGGAACUUGCGAUACCUCUUGUGGAACUUCUUCGUGAAGAGAAUUGCUUCCUAGUAGGUAUACAUCUGACUGAAAAAACAUCUAAAAUAUUUGUGUAUCGAAUGGAUCGAAAAGCAGACAUAAUAACUGAAGAUGAUUGCUAUAAAAUUUUGAAAUCAAGCUCACAAACAGAUAAACAUCUAGUGAAAUAUUCUCUGAGUCAAUCUAAGGAUGAAGCAGUUGGUUUUUUGGGUGACUAUUUUCAUCUGACGUUAUUUUUCAAAACUGACGAUGACUUCCAAUUGAAGGAACAAGUGUACUUUUUGAAAACCGAACCAAUUUCAAAUGAAAAUCAGAGGAGUUUUGUUCAGGAAUGUGGACUAUUCAAGAAAGAGGCCUUUCUUUAUAAGAAUAUCUUUCCCGGGUUGAUCAAAUCGGUAGGAUUCAACUUUGCUCCUUGUUGUUUUAUGGUCAAAGAAAACCUUUUAGUAUUAGAGGAUUUGAAGAAAAGAAAUUUCAAAAUAGUUCAGAGAGACUAUACACUGGAAGAAUGUAAGUCGCUCUUGAGAACUCUGGCUUAUUUUCACAGCUCAUCAAUCGUUUAUGAAGAAAAGACUAUCAAAUCUGAAAAAGAAUUUAGUUUAGAUAGACACAUGGACAAAUUACCAGAAGGAACAUUCUCCUUCAAAGAAGGAGAUUCAAAAUAUAACUGGCUGAAAUGUAUAUCAUCUUGUCUGGUAGAUUUAAUGAAAACGAUGCCAGGUUAUGACAAAAAAAUAGAACUAAAAUUUCGUGAAAUGAUAUUUGGCGGAGACAUGGAAAAAUUCAUAAGCCCAUCUAAGAAAUUUAGAAAUGUUUUGACUCACAAUGAUCUCUGGUCCAGCAAUAUUUUUCUGGAUUCAAAACAUAAAGAAUGUUUAUUCGUCGAUUUUCAAAUGGUCAGAUAUACACCACCAGCUUAUGACUUGAUAAUGGCUCUAUUUCUCAACAAUUCCAUAGAGUUUUUAGAGAAAUAUCUGGAUUCCUUAUUGACGUUUUACUACCAAACAUUCUCAGAUAUUUUGAGGGAUCAUCAGUUGGAUAAUGAGGCUGUCUUCCCUUUGAAUGUGUUUCUUGAAUCCAUAGAAAUUUACAAAAUACCAGCAUUAAUUGAAGCUACCAUGUUUGCAACCACUGUAUAUUUACCAGAAGAAAGAGGUGCGUACAUAAGAGAAGAUUCUGAGAGAUAUCACAAUUACACAUUCGUAAACAAGACUCCUUACAUCAUGGACACAUUCCUUAAGGAUAUAAAAUACAGGAAGAAAGUUUUAGGAUUGCUCAUAACUUUAAUUGAAGUACUACAGAAAAAAAGUGAUGAAUUUUCUGAUAUAGGUUGCUAAAUAUAUAAUGUAGAGAAUAGAGAUUACAACAAAUAAACAUAACCAACACAAUAAGAGGGUACAUUCAUUCUGCUUUUUAGGAUAUAAAAUUAGUUACAUAUUCGAAUACUCGACCGUUGUUUGCCUUACUCUGACAACACCUACAGUUGAAAAGAAAUGCACAUCCAACAAAAAACUUUUCUCCAGGUACUCAUGAGAAAACUAAGAAGAAGAAAAAACAGAAUUGAAAUAGAUAUGAUCCUGUACAAUCAAUCGCAAUUAUAUGAUUUUUAAAAAUGAA